GUACACAACGUCAAUGAUUCAAUGUUGUAAUACGCAUACGUACUAGGUAUAUACUAUUACCGUAGGCACUAGUAUGUACGACCCUAGGCAUUAUGAUACAUGCAUAGGUAUAGUUUAUACCAUGUAGUACCUAGUAGUACCUAGUAGGUUAGGAGGUAGGUAUGUUGCCAUCUAUAUCUUCAACAUAUACUCUUUUCAAUGACCUUCGCAUUGCACACUUCUUAAUCGCCAAUUUCUCAAUCAAUACUACCUAUCUCUGUUCCUUAACACUCUCGAAGGUCAAGGACUAUGUACAGAGCUGGUCCGUCGACAACAUAAGUCAAGAUCACCAGUCUGAGGAUCCAAUGAAACAGUUCCUCGUUCAGUUCAAGGGUAAAAUGCGUAUGCAAACGAACAUUCAGUCCACUACGAUCGAAUGUAUCAACUCUAUCACCAAAUACAUCAAGAAGUUAGCAGAUGACACUGGAACUGUAGCAGCUGUAACCAGCCUAGACCUGAGGACACACUCUUUUCCACAUGACAUACUACUUACUUGGAUUACUCGACUCGGCAGAUUGACGUCCCUUGGCACUGAGGGUGGAUCAGUACUCAACUACAAGGUCGCAAAGGUCAUUUCCGAAUGUUGUCCUCACUUUGAUGAUUUAAUUAUUUCCGGACUUUACGGUUCAUUUAAUGGACUCACUCCUUCCAAUCCAGACUAUCAAGCCAACAUCACAGAUAAAGAUCUGGCCGCUUUCUUUCAGGCGUUGCGCCCGAAUCGCUUAAGAAGAUUUCAGCUGAUCGGAAUGAACAGGAUUGAAAAGCGUUCCAUAACAGCACUAAGCGUACACGCCACCUCUCUACGAAGUCUAAGACUGGGAUGUCUUGAGCCAGAGGCCAUGACGGCCCUGGGUUCGCUGUCGGGAUUUGCUGCCCUAGAAACGUUCAUACUCGAGGACCGGACCCAAGGCAGGACGUAUUUGGAUAAACAGGAGCUCAAAGACGUUUCGACUUGGAUUAGCAAUUGCAAGUCGCUCCGAGACUUGAGCUUACAUCUUCGCGAUGCCUUAAUCCUGGCCAAGGAGGCUUUCAGUGGCCCCGAUAUCCGUCUCACAUCAUUUUCCAUCGCCUAUUUCUUUCCAGAAACUGAAUCGGAGUGGUGGACAACACUCGGGUCCCAAACAUCCCUUAGAAAUCUAACCAUUGGUGACCCAUGUGAUGAACUGGAAUAUCAUAUAUCAUCUGGUCUAGAAGAGUCGCUAUGCCAGUUGAAGAGUCUCGCAUCCCUGAAAAUAGACCGUUACUCCGUAGUUAACCCUCAUUUACUACGACGUGUCGCCAGCGAAUUACCCAAUCUAGUCGAGUUAAGUUUCACGGACUAUCCUGCUGCUGGGGAAGGCUCAGCGGCGGCUGCUUUGACCAGCUUUACCCAGCUAAGGUCCUUGUCUAUCGAAAGCGACUGUGGGUUCACCGAGAAGGGUAUUUAUGACUUCAUUACGAAGCUUGACCCUAUAAAACACAAGGGGCUCAAGAUUCAUUUUAGCAGAUUUGGUUGGUCGCAAAUGUCAGGCACUUCACUUCGUCGAAUAGGGCGCUAUGUCGAAGAAACACUGGGCGGUCUAUGAGAUGUUAUGAUAGACAUGAGGUAAUGAACUAUCCAUGAGAUCUAGGUAAUAUACAUAGGCAUACCCCCAAAUUCCUAGGUGGUGCUUGCUCUUAC